CUAAAUUUACAAUAAUUCAUGGGUAGUUUGGUCAUUUCAGCUAACCACGAGCACAAUAAGAAGAGGUCUCCACCCCCAAUGUAUCUUCGCAUAACCAUUCAAAGCUCAGAUCUCGACCUGAUCCUAAUCUCUUCCUCUCUUUCAAGAUGCAGAUCUUCGUGAAAACCCUAACCGGAAAGACAAUCACCCUGGAGGUGGAAAGCUCAGACACCAUUGACAAUGUUAAAGCUAAAAUCCAGGACAAAGAGGGAAUUCCACCUGACCAGCAGAGGUUGAUCUUUGCUGGUAAGCAGCUUGAGGAUGGCCGCACACUUGCAGACUACAAUAUCCAGAAAGAGUCCACCCUCCACCUGGUGCUCCGCCUUCGAGGUGGCAUGCAGAUAUUUGUUAAGACCCUUACAGGGAAGACAAUCACCUUGGAGGUUGAAAGUUCGGACACCAUUGACAAUGUCAAGGCCAAGAUUCAGGACAAAGAAGGGAUUCCUCCAGACCAGCAGAGGUUGAUUUUUGCUGGUAAGCAGCUUGAGGAUGGCCGCACUCUUGCAGACUACAACAUCCAGAAGGAGUCCACCCUCCACCUGGUGCUCCGCCUUCGUGGUGGAAUGCAGAUUUUUGUGAAGACUCUUACAGGGAAGACCAUUACUUUGGAGGUAGAGAGUUCGGACACGAUUGACAAUGUCAAGGCCAAAAUUCAGGACAAGGAAGGGAUCCCUCCAGAUCAGCAGAGGUUGAUCUUUGCUGGUAAGCAGCUUGAGGAUGGCCGCACACUUGCAGACUACAAUAUCCAGAAAGAGUCCACCCUCCACUUGGUGCUCCGCCUUCGUGGUGGCAUGCAGAUAUUUGUUAAGACCCUUACAGGGAAGACAAUCACCUUGGAGGUUGAAAGUUCGGACACCAUUGACAAUGUCAAGGCCAAAAUUCAGGACAAAGAAGGGAUUCCUCCAGACCAGCAGAGGUUGAUUUUUGCUGGUAAGCAGCUUGAGGAUGGCCGCACUCUUGCAGACUACAACAUCCAGAAGGAGUCCACCCUUCACCUGGUGCUCCGCCUCCGUGGUGGAAUGCAGAUAUUUGUGAAGACUCUUACAGGGAAGACCAUCACCUUGGAGGUUGAAAGUUCUGAUACUAUUGACAAUGUCAAGGCCAAGAUCCAGGACAAGGAGGGUAUCCCACCAGAUCAGCAGAGGUUGAUUUUUGCAGGAAAGCAGCUUGAGGAUGGCCGCACUCUUGCAGACUACAACAUUCAGAAGGAGUCCACCCUUCACCUGGUGCUCCGCCUUCGUGGUGGAAUGCAGAUUUUUGUGAAGACUCUUACAGGGAAGACAAUCACCUUGGAGGUUGAGAGCUCAGACACUAUUGACAAUGUCAAGGCCAAGAUUCAGGACAAGGAAGGGAUCCCUCCAGAUCAGCAGAGGUUGAUCUUUGCUGGUAAGCAGCUUGAGGAUGGCCGCACACUUGCAGACUACAAUAUCCAGAAAGAGUCCACCCUCCACCUGGUGCUCCGCCUUCGUGGUGGCAUGCAGAUAUUUGUUAAGACCCUUACAGGGAAGACAAUCACCUUGGAGGUUGAAAGUUCGGACACCAUUGACAAUGUCAAGGCCAAGAUUCAGGACAAAGAAGGGAUUCCUCCAGACCAGCAGAGGUUGAUUUUUGCUGGUAAGCAGCUUGAGGAUGGCCGCACUCUUGCAGACUACAACAUCCAGAAGGAGUCCACCCUUCACCUGGUGCUCCGCCUUCGUGGUGGAAUGCAGAUUUUUGUGAAGACUCUUACUGGGAAGACCAUUACUUUGGAGGUAGAGAGUUCGGAUACUAUUGACAACGUGAAGGCUAAAAUCCAGGACAAGGAAGGAAUUCCACCAGAUCAGCAGAGAUUGAUUUUCGCUGGAAAGCAGCUUGAGGAUGGAAGGACCCUUGCUGAUUACAAUAUCCAGAAGGAGUCUACCUUGCACCUUGUCCUCCGCCUUCGCGGUGGUUUCUGAGUUUUGGUUGUGUCUAGUAUGUUCUUAAUAGCUACUAGUAAUGCCUUGCCUUAAUGGCUUUAAAUAAGUUUUUAAACCUCCAAGACUUGUUAUUUUGGAAUGGUUGCGAGUACUUUACUAAAGCUUUUGAAAUGGCCGCUAUAAGGUCAUUGGUACUUUUACUUCAAGGGUUAAUAAAGUUGGCUUGACUUGCCAAUAUAAUAUUCUGGAAUUA